AUGGACCUCGCUAGUACGCUGUCCAUGGACGAGAUUCCUACGAAGCUCAGAUGCGCCAUCUGCAACAAGCUAGCAAUCAAUGCAUUCCGCCUCCCUUGCUGUGACCAGUCGAUAUGCGAGACUUGUCAAUCAUCGCUACCCGAAUCAUGUCCAGUUUGCGCGCAUAGCCCCCUCGCCGCCGAGGAUUGCAAGCCGAACAAAGCCCUGCGCCUGACUGUGAAGGCUUUCUUGAAGUCGGAGGAGAAGAAAAGGGCCGUCAAGCCGGCGACACCUGCAACACCUGCGGCAGUAGAGACGCCCACUGCCGCGACUAUCGAGCCACCGACAAGCGUCACCGAACACCCGCCGCAAACCGAGCAGUCUGAGCUCUCUACACCAGCGGUUGCUUCAAUCGAAGAGCAUGCGCCUGCCGGCCAGACGUCCGAAAACCAGACGCAGCCAGAUGGGCUGGAAGCGGUCGCCCAACCCACGGCCCAGCACCAGGCUCAAGAACCAGAAGAGGCAAAGAGAGAGAUCAGUGUGGCGCAAGGCAUGCCGGAAGCCGAAACAGCCGAGCAACAACAAACGGAUCCCGGUAUUGAAUCACAAGGGGCGCAAGAUGGAGCACAAAAUCAACAGCCUGAUGGCAGCCAAGGUCAGAACAACAUGUGGGCCAUGAACGGAGGUCAGGGCCAGCAGCAGAUGUAUGGCGAGGGUUACGGUUUCGACCCCAGCCAAGCUGGCUAUGGAGACAUGAGCUGGAACAACGUUUCUGGCUUCAACCCUAUGAUGCAGGUGCCCAUGCAAAACGGAACGGGCGGCUCGUGGAACAACUUCUCUGGUAUGAUGGGCAUGCCGGGAAUGGCCAUGGACCCCAUGAGCAUGCAACAAGGAAUGUUCGGAGGCUACGGAGGGCAAGGCAUGGGCAUGAACGGGAUGAAUGGGAUGAGCAUGGGUACGGGCUACGCAGGAUUCGGUGGUGGAUGGAACGGACAGCAGAUGAGUGGUGGUGACUUUGGCGGCGCACAUGCUGGCUAUUAUCCCGGAGGUGGAUAUAAUCAACAAUCGCACCAGCAGGGGCAUUUUCCCCCUCAUCAGAUGCAUCACCAGCAGUUCCAGAAGAAUAAUUACCAGAACCAAAAUCGUUUCCAGGGUCAGGGCGCGUAUCACCAGCGGGGAUACAACCGUGGCUACCAAGGCAAUGUUGGUCCUGGUCAAGGGCAUGCUCAUGGACAGGCUCAGCUUGAAGAUCGAGCUCCAAGCCGGGACCCGUCCCAAGUCGCUGGUCCCGAGACUCAGGCACAAGAACCACCGUCCGAAGAUGAUCCUUUCUUCCACCAGCUCCCUGCAGGACUCCGAAACCGCCGUCCUUCUCAAGCGAAGUCCACCGACCCAGCGUCAGGUGGUGCGCCUAAUACACAAGGAGAAAACUCCAGGCCUGCAGACAACUCAGAACAAGUCAUCUCAGCAGAUACCGAGAAGAAUGCCGCAGCGGAAGGCAAGUUAGAAGGUGAAGUGAAAAGUGAUACUGACGCUGCUCCAGCCGAGCAAGAGAAUGCAGGAGACGAUGACUCAAAGGAUCUGGACCGACGAGGGCAACAUGUUGCCUCUGAGUCCGAGCAACCGGCCCAAGGGAUGCCUAGCCAGGAGAACACGUUCAUGGACCAAGGCCUGCAACACAUCCAACCCAUCGAAUCCAUCGAGUACAACGACGGACCGAGCAUGAUGAUGGACCCCUCAGGCAUGCCCAUGGACCCUACUGGAAUGCACAUGAACCACUCACCCGCGAUGUACGGCGGACCAGGCCCCAUGAUGAACCAGCAGUACCCCUCACAAGGCUCGAUGCACGACUUUCCAGCCCGCGGACGAGGUCGAGGCGGCCGACGUGGCGGAUAUAGCCGCGGCGGAUUCCAAAACCAGUACCAGGACGAAUUCCAAGGCGGUUUCGGAGGCCGGGGCGUCAAAGGAGCAGGCUUUACAGUCAACGGAACUUUUGGAACGGAAACUUCCGUCCCCGUUGCAAGUGCUAGAGCGGCAGAGUUCACAGUCGUGACGCCCCAGGAACCUAAAGGCGUGGGAGUCGAAGGUGCACCUACCGGCCCGAAGGCUAUGAGGGAGGGCCAUCCUAAUGCGAGCUUCAGAGGGCGAGGAGGCUUUCCUGGUACGCCUGGGCGAGGUGGCAUAGCGGCUUCGGUCACUAGUGAGCGGUCGAGGGCGAGGAGCACAUCCCCAGAGCGUCAACGCUCACGCUCAAGAACCCGAUCCCGUACUCGUUCGCGCUCGCACUCAAAAUCGCGCUCGCCAUCUCGCCACCACCGCCGUAAGCACCGUCAGCGAUCACCCAGCAUAUCCGCCGAAUCCGAUUCCCGAGAGCGUCGGCGUGAGCGGCGACAUCAUCGUUCAUCUCGCAAGUACGAGGAUGAAGACGACGUCACUCCUACCGAAGAACCAAAUGAAUCGAGAGACCCCUACCGUCGCGACCGCUCUCGCGACGAAUCAGUCGAAUCGACGCGCCAUCGCAGCCGCAAAGACAAAGAUAAAGACAGACACCGCUCCUCGCGCUCUCAUCGUGAUCGCAGCCGCGAGCACCGUAGCCGAAGACACCGAUCCCGGUCUCCAGCCGCGGAGGCCGACCCAGCCGAUAGAGAAGACGCCAGCAUAGCAAAUGGCACCGACAUCCCGAGCGAGUCGAGCAGCCGACGUAAGAGCAGAAGCGAGAAGUACCGUGAUCGCGACAGGGAACGCGACAAGGACCGCAAAGCAGAGUAUGACCGUGACAAGGAGCGUCCUCGAGAGCGAGAGCGGGAGAAGGAGAAGGAGAAGGAGAAGGACAAAGACCGCAAACGCUCCCGGCGGGAUCGUUCACCCUCCCCCCACGACCACGACCACGACCACGAAGCCGAAGACCGGCACCACCGCUCUUCCCGCUCAAGCCGCAAGGAUCGCGACAAAGACCGCGACAGGGAUCGUGAACAUGAAUCUGAGCGCGAACGGCGCCGUGACCGCGACCGAGGCCGUGAGCGAGAAACAGCUCCAGCAAAAGCCCCCCUAAAAACCGAGCCCUCCGAGCCCUCCAUCUCCUUCAGCAUAAAAGGCCGCUCCCGCAAGCCCUCCCAGCCCACCACAACUAUCACCAGCACAACCAUGCCUCCUCCCUCCGCGCCAACCGGCCCUUCCUCCACCCGCCGCGAUCGUGACCCGCCGAAGGGACCCGCAGCCGACCGUUCGAGAGACAAACGCCGCCCUUCCAUCACUGCGCCUGGUAGCCCACCCGCAGCGAGAGGAUCGGUAGCAGAUGUGGUAGAGGCAAAGGAGCCAUCAGACCCGCAUGCCCUGGAGCGCGAGGCGAGGAACCGGGAGCGCAUGCUCCGCGAAGAGCAGCGGCGUCUCUCAUCCUCUCUCUCCAGCUCGACAGACCGCAAGCGCAAGUCUUUCGGUGCUGCAGAGGAAGCGGAGAAGCCCUUCGCGCCGCCGACGGGGCCGAGUGCUGAGAGGGCGAAGCGGGCGCGUGUCGAGGGGGGCAGGACGGGCAAGAGGAAGGUUAGUGUCAAGUAUGAGGAUGAAGUGGGGGAUGGGGAUGAGAGGAUGGGAAGGGGGGAGCGGGAGAGGGAGAUGGGGCGGUGGGGUUGA